AUGAAAACUGGUUGUGUUACUGAUAAAAAUGACAAAGCUGUUGAUGUUCCGUUGGCUAACAAGUACCAUGUCUUGAGAAAAGCCAAAGAAAUAAAAGAGGCAGUCAAAGAAAAUGAAGAAAAUGAAGUGGAAGAACUGAUAAUUACUGUGUUCUACUCUGCUAGUGGUAAGUUUAUUAACCAUUUUCAGUUUUUUUUUUAGUUUUUGGGCUGUAAACCAGUUUGAAUUUUUUCUUGUUUUUAGCAAAAAAUUAAAUUUUUAAACAUAAACAUGAACAACAUAGCUAAUACAAUCCCUAGAGAGCUCAUUAAAUUAAACUUCAAUAGGAAUCUAUUGGCAGUUUGUAGGGGAUAUGAUAAUUUUAUACGUUCUUUUUAAAAUUUUAAGAAUUCAUGUCACUUUUUAGACUUCAAACUUUAAUUUUAUCUACUUUUUCGUAGUUUUUUCGAAUAAAAAUCAAAGAACAAAAGAGAAGAAGAGCCAAACGUUUAUUUUUUUUUUGCUUUCUCAUACAAACGACGACAGUUUUGUAUACUUUUUUUGGAAUAUUCAUGAACGUGAAUGAAUGUGAAUGCUAUAAUCUCCUCGGGGUUUUCAGUUUUAUUCAAUUUCGAACGGUUUUUUGACGUUCAAAGGCUAGAAAAAUAUUUGUUUUUGCCUUUCGAUGAAAACUUUGUAAAUUUCAAACAUUUUUUAAAAAUCUGAAAUUUUUAUCAUGAAGGUUUUAGACAAUGCUGAGUACAAAAAUACAACUUUUUUUAUUUUUGGUUAUUGUAUUGUGGAGUACUGUAAGGUUACGGUAGAAUUUAUAUCUCCAUAACGAAUAGUUGUAGAGACAUGGCGUCUUCACUAUCGUGUAGUACGGCCACAAUACAGUAUUUCUUAUGUUAGAAUCAAAGUUCCAUGUAUAAUUUUACCAUAGUAAAAAUUCGUAUCUUGUGUUGUAAUUACAGUAACCCACAAAUAAUAAAAAAACGGUUCGAGAUACCUCUCUUUUUUAUUUUAAAUUAUUACUCUACAUGUUAUUGCGGUUCGAAUGAUAUAUAAUUCAAAAAAAUUUUUUGACACAUCUGGGGUCAAAGGUCAAGUUGAAGUUGGUCGACCCUAUAUGUAUUUUGAAAAAAAAAUUUAAAACUAAGUAAAAACUAACUGGUGAAAGGCACACCAGCAAAAAAAACGGCUGCCCAUACCUAUGGGCGCGUUUUUUUCAAGUCCAUCCCUGACCUUUUCACUCCUACCUGACCCUACUCCUGACCUUCUUGGCCCUAUCCGACCCUACCCCUGGUCGUUUUGGCCCUCCCUGACUCUACUCUUGAUCUUUUUGGCCCUACCCGACCCUACCCUUCACUUUUUUGGCCUUACCUGAUGCUACCCCUGACCCUUUUAGCCCUACCCAAUCUUACCCCUGACUCUAUUAGCCUUACCCAAACCUAACUCCGCCUUUUUUAGCCUGCCCAAUAUUCAGUACCGUACUCUAUCCUACUUAUUAUGCUAUACCAUAUCAUAUUAUAUCUUAUGUUCUUUACUAUUCUCUACCUUACCUACCAUAUUAUACUCUAUACUACAUAAUAUAUCGUACCCAUCCUAUGUGAUAUACCAUACUCUACCAUACCGCAUUAUAUUAUAUCUAUUAUACCAUAUGCUCCCUACUAUACCAUAACACCUACCUACUAUACCAUGCCAUACCAUAUUCUACCUACCAGUUCAUACCAUACUAUAUCAUACCAUGACAUAUCAUACCCUAUCUUACCUACAAUACUAUUCUAUAUUAGUUUAUUAAACCACAUAUCUUGCCUUACUUACCCAACAUGAACUUUUACCAAUGGAUAAAUAUUAUAGUAUACUAUAAUCAGUGGUAGAGUCAGGUAAGGCCAAAAAGGUAAAGGGUAGGGUCGGGUGGGGCCAAAAAGGUCAAGGGUGGACUUGAAAAAAAUCGCCCAUAGGUAUGGGCAGCCGUUUUUUUGCUGGUGUGCCUUUCACCAGUUAGUUUUUACUUAGUUUUAAAUUUUUUUUUCAAAAUACAUAUAGGGUCGACCAACUUCAACUUGACCUUUGACCCCAGAUGUGUCAAAAAAUUUUUUUGAAUUAUAUAUCAUUCGAACCGCAAUAACAUGUAGAGUAAUAAUUUAAAAUAAAAAAGAGAGGUAUCUCGAACCGUUUUUUUAUUAUUUGUGGGUUACUGUAAUUACAACACAAGAUACGAAUUUUUACUAUGGUAAAAUUAUACAUGGAACUUUGAUUCUAACAUAAGAAAUACUGUAUUGUGGUCGUACUACACGAUAGUGAAGACGCCAUGUCUCUACAACUAUUCGUUAUGGAGAUAUAAAUUCUACCGUAUCCUUACAGUACUCCACAAUACAAUAACCAAAAAUAAAAAAAGUUGUAUUUUUGUACUCAGCAUUGUCUAAAACCUUCAUAAUAAAAAUUUCAGAUUUUUAAAAAAUGUUUGGAAUUUGGCGUCGCCAGUGCAAUUGGCCCUGGCUCGAGCUUUACAAAAAACGUGUUUUAAAAUUUUGUUUUUACUCUAUAUUAUUUGUUUUUAAAUGCUAAAACAGUCUUGUUGUAGAUUCACACUGGGUUUUAAGACGAAAAAUUUUUUAAUGUUAGUAAUGUGUAGGUAUAGAACAGGCAGGGUAAACGUUAAAAAAAAGUUAGAAAAGGGCAAGACAGGGCGGGACACAAAGACAACGUUGGGUAUAGUAAGGUCGGGUUUGGAUAAGGUAGAGCAAUGACCAACAGUAAAGUAGGGUAGGGUAGGGUAGGGUAGGAUAGGGUAGGGUAGGGUAGGGUAGGGUAGGGUAGGGUAGGGUAGGGUAGGGUAGGGUAGGGUAGGGUAGGGUAGGUAAGUAACAUUUUUUUUAAAAAAGUUUAAUUUGGUCCCCCCUGUUGAUUUUUCAACAAAAAAAAGGUUUAAAAAUUUUUAAUCCUUUCCCAAACCAAAAUCACUCCCCCUCCCUUUAUAAAGUACUAACAUUUACACAAACCGUAUGUCUAAUCCUAAACAAUAAUAACAGUGCAUUCACGUAUAUCAUUCAUAAUAUUAUAUUUGUUGUUUAGACGCGUUCGUUCAUGUUUCUUUGACCUAAAAACAAACUAUUGCUUUCAUUUUGGCGGAUUUAUCAAACAUAUUUAUCGAUUUAUCAUUAGUCUUUGAUUUGAGGAGGACUUGCGAUUUCUCGCUUUACAUUGGGCUACAUAAUUUGCGCUACUUUUAAUAUUUUGUAAAAUACGUUGGUGGAAUAUACCAUUGAAUAUUGAAAUUUUGUUGAAAAUUGAAUUUUUUUUUACGUUUGGUAACUAUGUGUAAGAUAAAUGAAGCAAAUGGCUGUAAAAGUGAAGAAAAAGGUAGGUUUUUACUAUUAUUAGCUGCCGACAUAAAGAACCCGACAUACUUUUACUGUAAUUUCCUGGAAAAAAAUGGCGAAUUGUUUAUGUCGGCACCUAAUGGGUAGUUAAAAUAAUCCUGUGCCCUUCAAAAAGCAAAUUUUCGGGUUUAUGGGAGCACGAAUUAUGUGAAAAAUUUAAUAAUUUGUCAAAGCUUUGAUAAGAAAACAUUAAAAAAGUUUUGUCGAUUUUUAAGGUUAAAGUUAGUGGAAAUGGGCGACAACACUUUUUUUGACUUAAAGGAGUGCCAAAAAACUUUGGUAAAAUUACAUUUUUAAGCUUAAAAGGUCAAUUCAAAGCUAUUUUUGGUCUAAUGAUUAAAUGUUUAUAUUUUUAAACUUCAAAAUUUUCAGGAAAAUUGACAUACGAAGUUGAAGUGGAGUCCAAUUGUCAUAACAAUCGUUUUUACGAGCUCAGAAACCGAACGUUGAACGCUUUACAUGAUAUUCUGCACAAUCAUUCUUAUGCUGAUUCGAUUGACUUUAUUGUUAGUUCUUAUGACAACGCUAAGGAGAGGUCCAAGUAUCAUUGGAAGGAUGGGUAAGUACGGUAGGGUAGGGCAAGGCAAGUCAAUGUAAGACAAGGGAAGGCAAGGUAGUUUAAGGUAGGGCAGGGAAAAGCAAGUCAAUGUAAGGCAAGAGAAGACAACGCAGGUUAGUGCAGGACAUGACAGGGCCAGUCAGUGUAAGACAGGGUAGGGGAGGUUACUGUAGGGUAAAAUAGCGCAGGGCAGGGUAGGGUGGGAUAGGGUACAAUACGAUGCGAUACGACAAGGUAGGAUACAAUAGGGUAGAUUAAUAUAGGGUAGGGUACGGUAGGAUGUGGUAGGUUACGGGAAUUUGCGGUAGGACAUUUUCGGACAGGGUACGGUAAAGUAAAGGCAUUUUAAAAUAAAAAACACAUCUUUUCAGAGAUGUAAAGCUAGAUAUGUUGAUAUUUGCCAGGGUAGAAUGUCUAAGAAGACUAUGUUUACACAUGAAUGGCAUGCUAGAGGUCACUAUAUCACACCCAUUUCAAUUUAGAAUCACUGUAAGUUUUAAAAUUUUUUUGAGUUUUUGGAUUUUAAAUUUAAAGUGGCAUGCUAUCCGAUGAAACGUGCUUCUAUGUUUAAAAAAUUGCAGGAACUAGCCUUAUUUGACGUUGAAAUGUCGAUAUACUCCUUCACAAUGCUAAUCCGAUCGAUCUGCCAAAGCAUUCAACACCUAUCUCUUCAAAAUGUCACAAUCAAAGAUGACACAAAGCAAUGCGUACCUUCAUCUUAUCACUACCUGAAUGAACUAGCCAGAAUCCGAAGCCUAGAAUCAUUAAGAAUCGACUGUGAUCUAAAUGACAUUCAGAAUAUCAUCGUGCAUCGGUUACACAAACCUCUAGAAUCCUUGUUUUUGAAUAGUGCUGAUUUACGAAAGCUACACGAUUUGGACGAUAAAGUGGCCAAGAAUAUUUAUGUAAAGCAUGUGGAAUAUAAUGGCAAUAGGUAUGGGGUCAGAGAGGAGAGAGAACUCCAAAUGGCAAUUGAAGACUGGAGAAGGAAGGAGAAAGUCAGAAGUCAUGGGUUCAAAGUCAUUGUUGGAGUACCUAAGGUAAGCUUUUGUUAGAGUAGGGUACUGUAGGAAAAGAAAAGGUAGAGAACGGUACGGUAUGGUAAGGCGGGCUAAGGCAGGGUAAUUCCAGGGCAUGGCAAAGGCAUAGCAAACGCAAAAUAAGGCAAAGCAUGAUAAGCCAGGGCAAGGCAAGGCAAGAAGGGCAUGGCGAAGAAUAGCAAAGGCAGGGCACGACAAGACACGGCUGGGCAAGGCAGAGCAAGAAGGGCCAGGGAGUGAUAGGGCAAGGUAUGAUAGGUAAAGGCAAAGCAAGAGGAGGAGACAGGGCAAAACAAGACAUGACAAACCGGACAUGAUUGGGCAGGGCAAGGCAAGGAUAGACAGAGCAUGAAAGGGCAAAGCAUAAUACGAGAGGGUAGAGCAGGGUAAAACAAGACAUGAUAAGGCAGGGCAUGACGAGGCACUACUGAGCAAGGCAAGGCGGAGCAUGAAAGGGCAGGACAAGGCAAGGCAGAGCAUGACAAGACGAAAGGACAAUAGAAAAAUAGAAAAAUUAAUUUUUAUUAAAUUUGUAAAAUCAAAAAAAUUUUUUUUGAAAAAAAGUAUUUAUUACCUAAAAAAAUAAUUCCGGAGGUCUUACGACUAUCUUCUAAAAGGUCAAAAAGAAAAGUAAGGGAUUUUCGAACCGUGGCCGCGUGGCGCAAUGGAUAACGCGUCGGUCUACGGAACCGAAGAUUGUAGGUUCGAAUCCUGCCGUGGUCGAGUCAACUUUUUGCCAUUUUUAAGAGUUUUUUUUACAAAAUGUUUAUCAUUUUAUACUAAAAUCUUAAACAUAUUCCAACUAUUAUUAUUAAUAAAAAAAAUAUAACAAUAUAAACAACAAUGUUAAGUCCCAUCAUUUUCGUCAUCUGAACUAGAAUCAUUCAAUUCUUUGUUCCUUCGAUUGAGUUCACAUCUCAACAGUAAUAUUUGUUCCGCACGCUCAUCCGUCAGCCUAUUACGCAGCUUGUCGUUGAAUAACAUCGUCGCAUGACUGAAGAAACGUUCGGAAGGAACAGAAGAUGGUGGAAUACACAUCACCUUUUUGGCCACUUGAUACAAAAUUGGGAAUCGAUCAUUGUUGUCCUUCCAAAACUCUUCAGGAAUAACGUUCCUUAGCUUUAUUGCCUUCAUCUCGUUUACUUCGUCCUACGAUCAAUAAUUAUUACAAAUCAAUAUAAUCAUUUCGACUUGAAAAGUGUCUCGUUGAUACUGAUUCAAAGCCAUAUUUUGUUUUCUUGUGUAACUUGUUAUCUAAAAUAAGUAAAAAAUACGUUUUACACCCAAAAAAACUGUCCUUAAAAUGAAUUUUAUUUUUUUCUACUCAAAAAUAGGUAACAAAAAUAUUAAAAUAAAAAACUUGUUAUUAAAACAGAUGAAAAUGUUUAAAAUUUUAAACAUUAUCAUAAUAUACAGUUUACUUACUAGAUUAACUUUCUUUUGAGGUGUAGAUUCUUUUGAAACGUCGUCUGAACCUGAUCUUUUCAAUUUUGCUUCCUUUAAUUCUUUAUAAAUUCGUGUGUGUUUCUUUUCUAGAUGACUCCAUAACGCCUUCGUACUUGUAGUUUUGUCUUUCGUUUGAAACAAGCAUCCUGCGACCAAACAUUUCCGUUCUUCGUUGUAGUGCUUCCAUAUUAAAGACGUCUUUUUAUCCAUUAUACUAAAAAGGAAAAAUCAAACUUAAUACUACAUAAAAAACAUAAAAAUGAAAAUUACUUACCCAUUCAAAAAUGGCCAAAAACAAUCAAUUCUAUUUCAAAAAGUAGUUUCAAAAAUAAAUAUUUUGAUAAAAAUAACAAAUAAGGAGGCGCAGCUUGCGCGAAAUUUUAUACGAAAAAGUGUGCUAAAAAGCUAUUUUUUUUACAAAUACAUUUAAUUAUUUUAUUAAAAAAGUAAAUAAAAUUCCCGCCGGGGAGGGGAACUGAAAAUCCCCGGCGGGGACGGGAACGGCGGGAAUGGCUUUCUACGGGAAGGGGGGGGAAUUCCCCCCCCGCCGAGAACACUAUUUUAUAGUGACAUAAAAUUGAAUUUUGUAUGACCUAGUUUAGUUAGAAAAAAAUAUUAGCAUAUUUUAAUUAAAAAAUGGAAUUUUAUCUUGUUUUUUUCAUUUUUUUUAGAGAAAUUUGAGGAUUUUGUUGCAAAAAUGCCAGUUUUAAACAACUUAUAUGGUUAAAAAAAUAUUUUUAUGUUACGUUGAUCAAGAAUUAUCAUUUUCAGAGCUGGAGUCCAUCUUCACAUCAAACCCCAAUCCGACAAUUGGCUCAGAUCGGUCGAAUGACACUUUGCAUCCUAGUUUCGGACGAACAAUGCCCCAACGAUACCCUGAUUGAGACCAUUAUGAAGAUGUAUAUCUGA